UGACAUUUUUUUCAGUUGCUUUCAACGCCCAUCACACAAAACCACAAACCAACCGUGUCAGUAGUUGUCGUCGCCUUGCUAGCUAGCUAGCUACCUUAGUAGUAGGGAUCCUUGCAACUUCCAAGUCCAUUACGAUGUCUUGCCUUCGUGUCGUUUCCUGGAGUAUCCAAUUUCUCUUGCUCCUGGUGUUGAUAUGUGCAAUCCUCGUAGGAAAGAUACAUGCGCUGGUAGACGCACCCAGGCUGCCUCUGGAUGCUGUGCACAGAAAACCCUUACUGGCAGUAUCAUCAUCAUCAUUGCGAGGUGGCCAUCAGGAGGAAUCCUUGUCGCUAGAAGUAGAAGAACCUCCUGUUCCGCCACCCGAGGGAUUUUACCUCGAGCACAAUAUAGUCCCCGAAGAAACUUGGAAGAGACUCGAGCACUGGCUGGAACACGACACUACCAUUCCGUGGGAAAUUGGGGCACAGAAUCGAAGCGUGGCUCAGUUUGGAUUUCGAUACAACUACGAUACAUCCGAGGUCGAGUUUGCCGGUGAUGAUGAUAUUGUCCCCGAGAUUCCCGUGAUACUGCGACAGCUGCUCUUGCAAGCUCCUGGGACAAGACGGAUUUUGGAACAAAUCAAGGGUGCAGCAAAGGCUACCACAGAAUUUACCCAAUGCAUCAUUAAUGUGUACCAUGAUCACGAUAUCAUUCCGUGGCAUUGGGAUCAUGUCGAUUUUGGGCCUACCAUCUUGGUCUUUACAUUUGGCGAGACACGUCCAUUGCAACUUAGAAAGCUGCUCCAAAAAACAUCCUCGCCUCUUCCACGGUCCCAAUGCCACCACAAUGAAGGAGACUACGAUGCCACAAAAGACUAUCAAUACUGCACUACCACUCCAGGGCAUAGCUCUUCCUAUGUCUUGUCAGGGCCUUGUCGGUAUCAAUGGGAGCAUUCUGUGCCACCAGGAGCCGGAUAUCGUGUCUCCUUCACGUUCCGGACACAUGUCAACAAUCAACAACGGCAUCAUUCCGAUGACUAAGCAAGAUGGAGCAGAAACACCAGCGACAAACAGCUGACCACCGCUUUAGAAGCUAUGAUCACCAGCUCCAGUCCAAAAGAGAAUUGGACGUUGUGCUGUACAUUUGGAGUCGGUG